AUGAAUGACACAGUAAUUAUCUGGACCAGGAAGUUCAUAACCAACCAGUUACUUCAGAGGAAACAAAUGGUCAUUGAUGUUCUUCACCCUGGGAAAGCAAUAGUACCUAAGACAGAAAUUCAAGAAAAGUUAGCCAAAAUGUACAAGACCACACCAGAUGUCAUAUUUGUGUUUGGAUUCAGAACCCAUUUUGGAGAUGGCAAGACAACUGGCUUUGGCAUGAUUUAUGAUUCCUUGGAUCAUGCAAAGAAAAAUGAACCCAAACAUAGUCUGGCAAGACACGGCCUGUAUGAAAAGAAAAAGACCUCAAGAAAACAGCGAAAGGAACACAAGAACACAAUGAAGAAAGUCAGUGGGACUGUGAAGGCAAAUACUGGGGCUGGCAAAAAGCCAAAGGAGUAA